AUGGGCUCUGGCGAUGUGAUGGACUACAGCACCUUUUUGCAAUGCAUGGGAAUCUUUCGCCAUAUAACAGUACGAGUUAUAUACCUCUGUUGUAUCUGCGGUGUUAUUCGACUGAGAAGUAGACGUCCAUCACCUGUCGCAAUGUGGUUGCCGUUCUUUCGGCUCAUUGUGUUGCCAUAUCGGCGAUACUUAAGGCCGUCGUACACGCAAAGACCCCUAGCCUCAUCUGUUCUUCGAUCCUACAUUCGAAAACGGGGUCAUCCGAGUUGGACGUCGUACUUUGUGGAAUACAGGCAAGUGCAAGAUGAUCACUUUGCCGAGAAACACUUCAAUUUCGAAGUCGAUGGCCACAACUACCACAUUUUGAGGCAAGUUUACGCUUUCGUUGUUUUCGAAAUAAAACGUGUUGUGCUGAUAUCGUCUUCUUCUGAAAACUACUUCUAUUUUUUAAUGUAUUUGAUUGCUGGACUUUUGUAA